UUUUCGUUAUUUUUAUUAGUUAUAGAGAUAUUUAUAAAUAAUGUGAAGCUUUAACAUGAAGAAUAGUCUGUGGCACUGAAAUUGGCGGGAUUUUGAAAACGACAAUUUAUGGUUACACUAUUUACAGGCAGAAUUAUUUAUCACAGCUGCAGAUUUAUAAUUAUUGAAUUGAAAAAACAAAAUCUGCAUAAAUUGUAGAUUACAUCAUUCUUAAAUAUUAUAAAAAUACAUUAAACCAUGACAAAAUCAGAUAUCAGAGUAAAUCUACCCUGGGUAGAAAAGUACAGGCCUAGUACACUCGAUGAUUUAGUUUCACAUGAAGAUAUCAUAAACACAGUUGGAAAAUUUAUAAGAGAGGAUCAGGUACCCCAUUUACUCUUUUAUGGUCCACCUGGUACAGGUAAAACAAGUACUAUACUCGCUUGUGCAAGACAAUUAUAUACACCGGCUCAGUUUGCUUCUAUGGUAUUGGAGUUGAAUGCUUCAGAUGAUAGAGGUAUUGGUAUUGUACGAGGUCAAAUACUGACAUUUGCCAGCACUAGGACAAUUUUUAAGUCUGGAUUCAAACUUAUCAUUCUUGAUGAAGCAGACGCUAUGACCAUAGAUGCUCAGAAUGCAUUGAGGAGAAUUAUAGAAAAGUACACCGAAAAUAUACGUUUCUGCAUUAUAUGCAAUUAUCUGAGCAAAAUCAUUCCUGCACUUCAAUCCAGAUGUACUAGAUUUCGAUUUGGACCACUUUCUCCUGAGCAAAUUAUGCCUCGAUUGAAUUAUGUUGUAGAUCAAGAAAAGGUAACUAUAACGGAAGAUGGAAAAAAAGCUCUACUUCAAUUGGCAAAUGGAGAUAUGAGAAAAGUUUUGAAUGUAUUACAAAGUACUUGGUUGGCUUAUAACGAUGUCACAGAGGAUAAUGUUUAUUCUUGUGUAGGGCAUCCUCUCAAAAAAGAUAUUGAGAGCAUUAUUAAGCUGUUACUGAAUGAAUCGUUUCAAAUUUGUUAUCAAAAUAUUGAAGAAUUGAAAAUUUUCAAAGGCUUAGCGCUGCAAGAUAUCCUCACAGAAGUUCACAAAUAUGUUCACAGGAUUGAGCUUCCUUUUGAUGUUAUGAUUCCAUUGAUCAGCAAGUUGGCUGAAAUUGAACAUAGGCUGGCAAGCGGCACCAAUGAGAAUAUUCAACUGACUGCGAUGAUAUCAGCAUUUCAAGCUGUGAGAGCAAUAACACCCCCAAAUUCUUAGGAAUAAUGUUUAUAGAAGUGAUUUCAAUAUAUAUUUUAUCAUUUAAA